CAAAGUGCAUCUAAAGAUUGACGAAGUACGACUAUUCGUAGCCGACACGUUGUGGACGCACCAUGUAUCGCCAACUCAAUAAAGUGCUGCAAAAAGUUGCAGAAAUCGAACUGAAUGAAACUUCAUCCCGAAUUGCAAGUGAUUUUGACCACAUUCGACAGUGGAUGGAAAAACAACCCCAUUUAAAUUUUGAAAUAGAGGAUCAGAUGCUGUUGUCCUUCCUUCGCUGUAGCAAGUUCAGCUUGGAGCGUACAAAAGAAAGGAUCGACUGUUACUACACCAUGCGGACACUCUCACCUGAAAUAUACACAAAUAGGGAUCCUCUCCUGCCAGAAAUACAACUUAUACUAGAUACGGGCGUACUUCUUCCGUUACCUAAACCAUUGAGUGACGACGGGCCCAGAUUACUUUUAUUUACUUACGGAAGCAAACUCAACCCGGAAACCAUGACCGUGUCCAAUGUUAUAAAGACAAUGUAUAUGAUAGUGGACAUUCUAGUGAAGGAAGACGAUCGAUGUGUUAUUGGCGGAAUAAAUACCUGGUCAACUGUGAAAAACCUUCCUGCAAAAUACGUUUUUCAUUUAACGGCGCCUCUGAUUAAAAAAUACAUAACCAUCGCUCAGAACGGAACUCCCAUACGACUUAAGGGUAUGUACGCUACCGAAUGUCCUCCGAUAUUCCAAUACGUCUACGAAGUUUGCAAACUGUUUUUCACUAAAAAAUUGAGCGACAGGAUGUCCAUUUAUGCGCAAACUGACUGCAAGGAGUUUUACGAGAAAAUACCCAAGCACUUAAUGCCCGAGGAGUACGGGGGCAGCAAUGGAUCCGUGAAGCAAUUAACAGUUGAAUGGAAGAGGAAGGUGGAAAGUUAUCGAGAUUGGCUUAUGAAAGACGAAGAAAGGAAAUCUAACGAGGACUUACGUCUGGGCAGUCCGAGGACCAGUUCUGAUGUAUUUGGGAUGGAAGGAUCAUUCAGAAAACUAGAUAUUGAUUAAUUCGCUCAAAUGGAAAUAAAAUCCAGUACUACACAAACCAUUUCUCUAUUAU